UCAUAGCAGGUGAUAAAAUUGUCGCAGCCUGUAUGUGAAACAUAGAGAAGAUCUAGAGAGAGAGAGAGAGAGAGAGAGAGAGAGAAUGAAGAGAGAAUUGUAUAAUGCCGUAGUUGAAGGUGAUAUUGGGGCCAUAAGGAGAUUUGAAUCAUCAGAUCGACUGCAAGUAACGAGUCUAGAGAACACAAUCCUUCAUGUUGCAGUACAAAUAGGAUCAGCACGUUCUGCACCAUAUGAAACCAAAGCAAAUAUCGAGGCGAUAUGCAAUUUAUGCCCAUCAUCCCUUAUCGGUCGAGCAAACUCAGAUGGCGACACUCUGCUACACAUCGCCGCAAGGGGAGGACGAUAUGACAUAGUAGAAGUACUCAUCAGUAAGUACUCUGAUGAUAUUGAGAUUGGAUCGUUACUGAAAAUGGUGAAUUUAAAGAAAGAUACGGCUUUGCAUGAAGCCCUUAAAAAUCGUCACCUUUUUGAUUGGACUUAUCAGAAAGAGUACCUUGAGGUAGUGAAGAUUUUGAUAAAAAAUGAACCAGAAUUGUCCAAUUUCAUCAAUGAAGCUAGUCAUGAAAGCCCAGUUUUCAUAGCUGCCAGGGAAGGACUGCUCGACUUCUUGAAUGUGCUCAUGAAUUCUUGCUGCUCAGAAUAUGGUGGCCCUGCCAAGAUGACGGCUUUGCACGCAGCAGUUCUUUUAAGGGAAGAUGGAGAAAAGAAAGAUUUCCUAUCAGCACAGAAAGGAGGAGUAACAAGAAAAACAGUUUUUGAAAUCAUAACAAAAUUAAUGAAAAGCAAGCCAGCUCUCAUCGAAGAAGAAGAUGAAUUCAAGCUGACUCCACUUCAUUAUGCUGCAAACUUGAAUUCUGAUGAGAAGAUCAAGGAUUCUCAUGAGAGGGUUAAAAUGUUGCUAGAUCCAUCCCUUGUUGGUGAUCAUACAUCAGUAGUGUAUCACUCAGACAAAAAUGGCAUGACAGCCCUUCACUAUGCAGCUCUUAGAGGCAAUACUUUAUCAAUGGAUGCAUUGAUUCAAUGUUGUCCAGAUUGCUUUGAGCAGAUUGACAAUAGAGGACGGACUACCCUUCAUUUUGCUGUGAAAGCUGGAAGUGAUGCUACCAUCAAAUAUAUGAUUACAAAGAAUGCAAAUCUUUCAAGCAUUUCAAAGUUUAUGGUGAACAAGUGUGACAAGAAUGGAGACACGCCUUUACAUCUUGCUGCCAAAAUUCCAAACCUUGAUGCAUUGAGAUUUCUUGUGGAUCGUCCUGAAGUAGACAAAAGAGCCCUAAACAAAGACAACUUGACUGCUUUGGACAUCCUUAAAGCUAAGGGAAUUGAUGACAUCUUGGAAAAGAAAUCCCUUGUAGGCAAUUUGAAGAGUAAAACAGGUAGAGUCUCUAGUCAAGCACCAAGGAUUGCUAAGAAUAAUGAGACCCAACCAGAAGGUGGAGAAGAUGAGAAGGGGAGCCCAAAGAUCCAAGACCCUAAUAGUGAAGGUCAAGAUCCAAAAAAGAAAGACAAAGAAGACAUAGGCCAAAUACGUGAAAUCCAAUUGUUGGUGGCAACCCUCAUUGCCACUGUUUCCUUUGCAGCUAGUUUCACAAUGCCUGGAGGUUACAAUGGUGAUGGCCCAGACCAGGGCAUGGCAGCUUUAAACACAAAAGCAGCUUUCCAAGCAUUUGUAAUAUCAAAUACACUGGCCAUGGCACUAUCUACUUCUGCUAUAUUUAUCCACUUCAAUGCGACGACGACUGGAAAGUUUAUCGACCUGAAACUUUCCACCAACAAAGCAGCUAAAUUCAUUGUCCUUGCUAACACUGGAAUGGUAGUAGCAUUUGUGUGUGGUACAUAUCUAGUACUAGCCAACAACAAACCACUUGCUAUCUCCACAACUGUUCUUGGCUGCUUAUUUUUCCUUGUUGUAGGGGGAAAACUAUUAACUAACAUUUUUAAGUAUUGUAUUAGUCCUAUAUUCUGUAAUAAGUGCUGGGGUGUUAUGUGUUUUCUUUGUUGUUGUUUUCCAAUUUGCCUCCUUUGCCAAAAGUGCAAUAAGAAGGAGGAGAAGGACAAGGACAAGGACAAGGACAAGGACAAGGAGAAGCCAGUGGAGGAGAAGAAUCCUUCACAGAGUCCUGCAGAAGAUUCAAAGUAAGGUUUUUAGGAAUGGAAUCUGAACUCAAGUUAUGCUAUUUGUACAUCUUACUACUGCUUGUAAAAAUUGUUAUGUAAUAUAUGAACUUUUUUAUUUUUUAUUUU